AGGAUGAGAAGAAGGAUGAGAAGAAGGAGAAGGAUGAGAAGAAGGAGAAGGAGAAGGAUGAGAAGAAGGAGAAGGAGAAGGAUGAGAAGAGCGGUUUCAAACCGGCAAAAAGUGUAUCUGCAGAGUUCCUCUAUUUCUGACAGUUCUCUGACUUUCACAUUUACAGCGGUUGAAACAUUGUAUCUGUUUCCGAAUAAAAACAUCUGUAUCCUAAAUGGAAACAAAUAGAUACAAUGUUUCAACCGCUGUACAUGUGAAGGAACUGUCAGAGAACUGUCAGAAAUAGCGGAGCUCUCUGCAGGGACACUUUUGCCGGCUGAUCGGGAAAAAUCCGAU